AUGACCAAGGGCCCUCGGAAAGUGAAGCUAGUCAUAGUAGUCAACAAUAAAAAGGAUCCGCCCACAUUCAAAACCUUAACGCCCACGUCCCGUACGCAGCUUAAACAACAGUUGAUGAGAGAGCAUGCACAGGAGCAACUGCGAAGGGAAUCAUUGCAGACACAGCAGGGUGGUCAGUCCAAAGAACAUGAGGACAAGAAGAAGUCUUUACCGACGGAGGUGCCACGCGUCGCGCCACACCUGGAAUUACCACCACAGGUUUUACAGGUGCGAACAGUUCUGGAGAAUCCCACCAGGUAUCACGUGAUCCAGAAGCAGAAGAACCAGGUGCGGCAGUACCUGAGCGAGUCAUUCACACCACAACCACAGGUAUCGUCUGUUCGUGGGGCGGUGCAGAGCGCCCCGGAGUUGAGGUCUUCAUCACCAGAACGUGGGACUGUUCUCAGUCCAGGAAUAUGCUCGGCGGGGAACUCAGAAACCGAUGAGUUUCUGGAUGAUAUUCUAUCCCUGGACAGCGGGGCGGGUCCCCUGUCAUCAUCGGAGCCCCCCUCGACGGCCAGCUCGGUGGCCGGGGACUGCGCCCUCUCAGACGCUGACAUGCACGCGCUCGCUAAGGAUAGACAGAAGAAAGACAAUCAUAAUAUGAUCGAACGCCGUCGUCGUUUCAACAUAAACGACAGAAUCAAAGAGCUGGGCACCUUACUGCCCAAGACGAACGAUCCCUUCUACGAGGUGAUAAGGGACGUGCGACCCAACAAGGGCACUAUACUCAAGAGCAGCGUGGACUACAUCAAGUGUUUGAGAGACGAGGUGGAGCGACUCAAACAAGGCGAACAGAGGAGGAGACAGAUCGAGCUGCACAACAGGAAACUGAUGCUCAGGAUACAGGAGUUAGAGCGUCUGGCGCGCGUUCAUGGACUUCCAGUGAACGAAAGCUGGUCAGCAUCACAAGAAGACUCCGGAGUUGAAGCGUCUCCGGAGUGUUACACUGAGAAGAAUAAUGUGCAUCAAGAGCCUCCUCCUGUCCAACCCAAGAGUGAACCGGCGCCGAUGGAACUGUCUGAUGGGAGAGACGCGCUGGCAGCGCUUACAGCGCUUGAUGGUUUAAAGCUUGGUUCCUGUUCCCCCCUGGACCGUGGACCGUCUCUAUCCCUGGACUGUUUGGAACCAGACCUCUGUCUGGACACACCUGGAGACCUCUUCCACAAAGAUAUUAAGCAGAUGCGCCUGUCUCCUACAGCCGGUCUCCUGGACGAUGAAGCGGUCAUGAACCUGGCGCAGAUAGAAGACUUGAUGGAUGACGACUCACACAACCCCGUCACACAAGGUGACCCUAUGCUAUGUUCGUCUCCGAGCGCGAUGGGUCCCGCAGGAGACUCAUCCUGCGCGAUGCUGCACAUAGACCUCGCGCUGCACAACACAGACUACGGCUCACGGUCCCUCCUGUCCGAGUUGAGUGAGGGGCUUCCUCUGUUGAUGGGUGCUCAGCCCUCCCGCGCCUGCUUCGACAUGGAUUUAGGGGCGUAG